AUGCACAAAAAUGCUCUUUUUAAAGGGCGCAGCACUCUUGUUGUCAUGGUAACAACGGCUGCUUGUUCGAGGCCUGGGGCCUCAUUUUCAUACAAAAACGUCGCAAAAAAAGAGUGAAAUAUUUAUUUCUCUAUCUCAAGCUAAAUACAACAUUACAAAUUGGCACUUCUACCAUACAUAGUAACAUCAUUCAUCUUCACAUUGAUAUAGACAAUUUUCCCAGGGAGUAAAGUUGAACACACUAACAGAUUAUUCAUUUCGGUACAGUUCCGGUCAUUUUUGUUGUCGGGUAAAACAGGGAAACGUUUAUCUGAAUUUCUCCAAAAGUACACCGAUUCUGGAACUGAAACUAACCACAUAGCUGGUUAUAAUAUUCUAGUUUUUAAAAAUGUUAAAAUCUCUGCGGGCCUGCCUCUACUUUCCAUAGGAGCAAUUCGCGAACGAAGCUCAAAAAUCAGAUAUUGCAUAAUUUGGCGAUGUUUACAUCGAAUGUUCUCGACAACAAAUGUUUCAGAAAAAUGAAACAUGUAAAGCUUUGAAAGAAUGUCAUCUUAUGAGCAAUAUCCCGAAGAGAAAUCUCGUCUCUGCUUGUCAUCUUUUAAAAAAAAAUUGAUCAACCUUCAUGGAGGACUACUCGACGUAACUACAAACAUAUACCUCAAAUCGUGUGCAUAUCAUCCAGAUUCCGAGUGCUGCACCUUCUUUCAUGGGAAUUUGAGCGAUCUGAAGUCCUCUGAAGGUACACUGUUAUACUUGUAUGUCAUUUGAAACAUGUUGAAGUCGGCUGAUCUACAUGAAACUAUCUUCACACCGGUCAUUUGUCAUAAACAUGUACGUUGUCACGAUGGCGUGACGCCGUAUUUCUCUAUGAAGUUUCCAUCGGUCGUCCCAAAGAAGACGAGAAAUGGACAUUUCGGCAUAUCAGCAGAUUUCCGCGCAUUCUAAGUAAAAACAACCAAAACAGGAAGGAAAACCCUCGAUUGAACGCUCGUACACACUAAGAAUCUGAAAGCAGAAAUUGCAACUUGUCAGCGGCAGUACUACAUGUAAAACCCAGUCGCCAAUAAUAGCAAUUUGUACGACUCGCGCGAAAAUCAUCAGAAAGUGGAGAUUUUGAACUACUCAGUAUCCUUGCAGUACAGCAAAUAGAAUAGGGAUUUCAUCACAACCAAUCUCCAGAAAUUUAGCUUUUUUUCAGGGAGUCUUUCUCGUGCUCGAACGUUACAUUGGCUUUGAACCUUGAGAUUUAUUUCCCAUGACAAUAAAAUGCUAUAGGUAGUACUUACAAAAUUACAAAGGAACUAUUUUUGUUGUCGCUUGGACCGAGAAAUACAUGUUUGAAAUAAUUAAUACUGUCACUGAUGAACCAAAGGGCACAAUCUUCUCAGUUAUUAGAUUGAUAAUCUCCACAGACUAACGUUAUUGGACCGAACGAUCUCCUGUUUCUUCCUGGUGAGCCGGCCACCUCAGUAGAAAAUUAGAGAGACCUUUGUCUUCCUCUCGUGUAAAUCACUGGGAGAUUGCGCUACAUUCAUCUUUCUUUAAGUUUGUAAAAGAUAUCCGGGAGAAAAGUAUGGAAAAUAAUGGUGAUGAAAUCGCUCUUCUUUUUCCUGAAGGUCCUGAAGCAAUCCAGAUUACAUAUUAACCAUGGGGAGUUUCGUUCAAGUUAGGAGUUGCGAUUUGCGUGUGGAUAAUAAGUUGUUUGAAAGGUGGAACUAUGACAUUAUGAUUUCAUUCAAUCUUUUAUUUCGAACUUUGUUAUGAUAUUUUCUCUAACAAGACAAAGAAGGAAACAUUGAUUGACUCGAUUGCACUGCGGCGGUGAUAAGUCUCUCCUCAUCAUAUCUUAUGCAAAUUUUCUAACAGUUUUCUGACAGUUUUCAGAUGAUUCGAAUUAUCUUAGUUCCUGUCACAAGGAAAUAAUAACUGCCCGAAUCUGCCCUUUGUAGGGAGAUACCUAUGUCGUUCAAAUUGCUAUUGUUACAACUGGGUUUUACAUGUAGUACUGCCGCUGACAGGUUACGAUUGAUACUCUCAGAUUCUCAGUGUUUACGAGCGUUCAAUCGGGGUUUUCCUCUUUUUUUCGGUUGUUUUUACUUCAGAGUGCGGGUAAUCUACUGACAUAUACGAAAAAUAUCAAUUUAGCGCCUUUUUUGGAGCGAGCGAUAAAAACUUCACGGAGAAAUACAAUGUCACGCCAUCGUGAUAACGUAUAUGUUUAUGACAAAUGACCGGUGUGAAGAUAGUUUCAUGUAGAUCAGCCGACUUCAACAUGUUUCAAAUGACAUACAAGUAUAA